AUGUCGUCGAUCGUGUAUUUCAAGUUCAAAGCAAAUGUGAAAACAGACUCUGUUUCGUUUGAUGGAUCUUCUAUUUCUGUGAAAGAUCUUAAAAAUGCUAUUCGAACAAAGUGUUGUUUGUAUUCGACUGAUUUUGAUCUCAAACUAGAGGACACUAAUGGGAAAGUCUAUUCCAAAGAUGAUGAACUAAUUCCGAAGUACUCAAGUAUUGUGGUGCGACGUGUCCCACGUUUAGUUGCAGAAAUUCAAAAAAAGAAACAAAUGGGUCCAGAUGAUGUAACGUGGAGAGAGUUGCAAAAGAAUCAUACUGCCGCAUCCGAAACAUCACAUGGUUCUAAACUUAUCAAUUUAGCGGAUUCUGACCUUUCUGAAGAAGAGAAAAUCAAACUAAUGAUGGAGAGAUCCUCAGAGACUUACUCAGAGACCAAUUUUGCUGUACGAGCCAAGCCAUAUGGGGUCCCUCCGGCUGCUUAUGUUUGUCACAAAUGUAAUCAGCCAGGACAUUGGAUUCACAAUUGUCCUGGGGUACGUGAUAAGACCGGGAAAGUAAUGGAUGCCAAGUCAAUCAAAAGGCCGACAGGUAUUCCACAGGACUUUCUUCUGGAAGUUGCAGCUGGAACUCCAGGUGCAUAUUUAGGAAAAUCCGGGAAGUACAUGGUGCCUAUUAAAGACGCUGAGGCAUAUGCCCAGGGCAAAAAGGAUAAAAGGCCGUUUUCUGUUGAAGAAAACCCUCCAUACGUUCCUCAGGAAAGAAAUCCUCCGAAGCAACUUGUGUGUCCGUUGUGUAAUAAGCUAUUCAGCGAUGCAGUUUUAGUAUCCUGUUGUGGAACAACCUAUUGUAACGAGUGCAUCAUGGGUCAUGUUUUUGAUUCUCAAGUUCUGGGUUCGCAUAAGUGUCCUAACUGUGAUGCGGUGCUGACAGACCAUGAGUCAAGUGUCUUUGAAAAUGCUCUUGUGCGAAGUUUGAUUCGUGACUGGCUUGCCGAUGAAUCUAAAAUAGUGGAUCCAGAAGUAGUUAUCCCUGGAGAUAUAUCAAAGUUCAAUGAAAACGAUACGACAUUCGUUAACUGUCGCCGCGUUCUGAAACCAAAACAAGCAACGGCCAACAUCCCUACACUCAAACUUGGAAGUACAACUGCAGUGGAAUCAAAUCAAGUUCAGAAUUCACUGAAGAUGCAACCAAUUGUUUCAGAAUCUAAUUCUAUUGUUAAAAAUGAACAUACUGAUUUACUUUUGAACUUACCCUCUGAAACACCCCAGAGCACAAACUCUGUGACAUUUUCUACUCUUUCAUCUUUUGAUUAUGUUCGUGUUUCUGAAAUGACUACUUCUGUUGUAACGAACAAUACAAAUGCUACUGUGGUCACAAGUUCUCCUUGUACCACUAUGGUGGGAAAUAACAGACAGAAUCUGUUACCCACCACUUGUCUUUCAAACACACAAAUUCCUUGUUUGAGUUAUACUAGUUCUACUGCUGUAAUGCCUACUUUACUCCCAGGUGUUAAUGGUGGUGGUAAUCCUCUUCUUAAUGCGCUUUAUAGUAUACGGUUAGAUGACUUACAGACUCCAUUGGUUGCUCCCUCUACUAUUUUGCCAGCCACUUACGGAUCGCUUGUUGGCGAUCCUGAGUGGACAGCUGAGACAGCUUUGGCUGCGUCAGCAGCUCAGAGUGCAGGUCUAGUUGAUCCAGUAAUACAAGUCAAUAAUAAUCAGGUCGCCUUCGGGCUAGUCCCUGGGCAGUCUAUCCCUGGCACGAUGCACACAGCUUUAUCCGCACCUGUUGAAACACUAAAUGGACACAAAAUGCUUUCAAAAGAAGAGUUCUAUCGGUUGAAAAUGGAAGUUCUCCAUUCAGCUCGUAGAAGGCAUCGUCACCGCACCCAUUCACGUAGUCCUGGUUAUGUACAUCGAGCCGAACGAAUUUAUGGAGAUUCUUCGCACCAUCGACGUGGUUAUGAUAGAGAAGAGCGAGAGAAACGACCUCGACACUAUUCACCUGUUAAUUACGAGAGUGAACGUAGUCGUUGCCGACACCGUUACGCUGAUGAAUAUGAAUCUCAUCGUGACAGAAGUGGGACUCACCGUCAUCACUACCGCCCUACUUUCUUUCAAGAUCUUGACGACCGGAGACGUCAUUAUUCACGAGGCCAUCCGCACAGUCCCGAACACCGGUCCAGGCGGUCACCAAGACAGUCACCAUCAAGUAAAGAUGAUUGGUAUGGGUACAAAGGUCGGGGAUGUAGCCUUUCUCCCAUCACACAUGAACCCUCAGAUCCACGCAGAUGUCGGGAACCACAUGUUGGUAGUGGACAUUAUGAUGAAUUUCUCGGUAGACGUAAAAGAAGUCGAACACCCAUGUCUGUUGUCCCUCAGUAUGAUGUCUCUGAUCCGGAAUCUAUUGGACCUAGAAAUCCUUCUCUGCCAAGAGAUACAUCUCAGAGGCAGUUUGAUAUACCUGGACCAAAUCAAAUAUUAGAUCAUUUCAAUCGUGUUUCACAUAAUUUAUCAUGUGAAACGUUUUCUGGUGACUCAACAAAACAAUCCCCCAUUUCUCUGGAUCCUAAUAAUGAUCUUAUCUGUAAAGAUGAAUGCUUAAUAGGACACUCUGUUGUCAGUAGAAUUAUUAGUAAUGAUGAAUCAUUUGUACCUCACAUAAAGAAGGUUAAAGUUAAGAAAGAGAAAAAGCAUAAGAAGCAUAAACACAAACAUUCUGACAAAAGGGUUUGUAUUCAACUCGACGAUUCAACUAAUCAACUAUUUAUGAAUCCAGGUGACACAGUAUCUUGUUCUAAUAUUGAUGUAUCUGAUAAGAAGCAUGCAAAGAAACACAAGAAACAUAAGAAACAUAAACAUGGAAAUAAAGAAGACAAGAAACAAGUUAACUCAGAUGUAAAUUCAUCAGUACAAUGUAUAAGUCUAGAUAAAAUCAAUGUAAAUGAGCUUAGCUAA